AUGGUAGGAAACAUGUAUCCCCAAUCAACCACGCUGAUCCAGGCCAUGGUCACCCUCACCGACCGCACUGCACCGUCUCGCGGAUCCUUCUUCUCCAAGACGCCCUUGAAGCUCUUCUCCUUCGACACCAUCCGGGAUGGCUGUGGCCUUGAGUUUUACUUCAAGGCCAAUUUCUCCUUCAUGAUGAUUCCAAAGAUUGGUGGCAAGGGCGGAAACGGGCUCGCGUUUGUCGUUUCCGCAACGAACGAGACUGCUAGCGGCGCCGCCAGCGGCGUGGGAUAUGCAGGAAUGAGCAAGCGCAGCGUGGCAGUGGAGUUUGACACGUGGCUGAACCAGGAGCACAAUGACACGAGCGCAAGCCACAUAGGCAUCAACCUGAAAGGCAGCCCUUUUUCCCAGGUGACUGCCAAAGUUUCAACGGCGCUGAACAACGGAAGGAUGUACUUUGCAUGGGUGGAGUACAAACCUGAGGAGACAGAGAGCUUGAAGGUGUUUCUUGCAUCGGCGUUCAGUGCUCGCCCGAACGAACCCACGCUGUCUAUGAAACUCUCUCUCUGCGACGUGCUGCAGCCCACGCGAGCGUCCUCCUCCUUCUACUUUGGCUUUGUGGCCGCGACACGGCUGCAUGCGCAGAAGCAUGCUGUGGCCAUCGAAUCUGUUGAAAGAGGCUACUGUCGCUCCCUGCCUGCAGCCACCCGUCCAGACUUGGAUGCAAUUCGCUCUGCUGCAUUCAAUCCACCCCUUCGUUCCCAACCCCUCGCUCCCACGCCCCCUGCUGCUGCUCCCUGCCUUCCUGCAGCCACAUGCCUUAGCGUGGAUGCAGAGAUGUUCCGCCCCAACACCACGAGCCCCUUCACACGCUACGUGAGCGCGGGGUACGGCGGUGAGCAGGAUGAGCAGGACUCGUGGCGAAUGCCGACCUACUCCACAUGGGCCGUCGACCCGCGCUGGCUGCCUGAGGACCAGGGCUUCUCCUGCGAGGGCUGCUGGGCGUAUGCGGUGGUGGCAAGCAUAGAAGCAGCGUACGGCAUCGUGAAUAACAGCAUCAAGUCCUUCCCAUCGCUCUCCAUCGACUCCCUCUACCAACUCAUGGGGCUCCCUGGCUGCACCAGCGGCUCUCCCACCAAGGCCUUUGAGGAGCUUGUCAAGGCUGCCGUGAAGGGUGGCGGCCUCACAUUCAAGGGGUACUUUGGGCUCAUGCUGGCAGUGUGGCGCCAGCCUGUUGUUGUCCACAUCGAGGCCAGCGCCGCCUCCUUCAUCGACUACAAUGGGACAAUCAAGUACCAGGACCCGGGGUGCUACACGGGCAACCUCAACCAUGUUGUACUCGUUACAGGCUUUCUCAUGGUCGGCACCGAUACCAGCCGCCCGACCAUCUCCCCGCCCUUUUGGAAGAUCCGCAACUCGUGGGGCACGCAGUGGGGGGCGAGUGGGUACAUGUACAUGGGGAUUGAACCUGCUGAUGGCAUCUGCGGCAUCAACGUGCUGCCUAGCAUUUACCCUGUCAUCCGAAGUGAGUCGCUGGGGGCACCUCAGGUCGACCAACCGCCUUCACUCUUGAGCCAAACUUCAAGCCAAACGCGAGGUGCCUUAGCCAACCGAUAG